UGCCGCAGCUUCGGAACUCUUCAUCCGAAGAGGAGGAGAAGAAGAGGGUACUAUUGUCAUCCGUCAGGGCAGUGUGUCCAGCUUUUGUCCAGAAGAAAUGGCAGGGAUUAAAGCUCUCAUCAGCCUCUCCUUCGGAGGGGCCAUCGGCCUCAUGUUCCUCAUGCUUGGAUGUACUCUACCAGUAUCUGACAGCAAAUACUGGCCUUUGUUCCUCCUCUUCUUCUACGUCCUCUCCCCCAUCCCUUACUGCAUCUCGCGGCGGGUGGUUGAUGACACAGACUCUGCCAGUAACGCCUGCAAAGAGCUGGCCAUCUUCCUCACGACGGGCAUCGUCAUCUCAGCCUUUGGCCUGCCUAUUGUUUUCGCUAGAGCUGAAGUAAUCGCCUGGGGAGCGUGUGCGCUCGUGUUAACAGGUAAUGUAGUCAUCUUCGGGACCAUCCUGGGCUUCUUCCUGGUCUUCGGAUCCAACGACGACUUCAGUUGGCAGCAGUGGUAAACCGGCCAAAUGAGGGUGAACAGCGGGGCAUGGGGUUACAUUAGUCUGAACUGUUUUUAUUAGCAUUGCAAUUAUUAUUAUUAUGGUAUUACUGUUUGGUUGUUGUUGUUAUUUAUUUGAUGACCACCCAUCCAUAGACUCACACCAAACGAGUGCAAUACUUCUUUGUUUUUUUAAUUGUCUGCUUCAUGUUGAAUUGACACAAGAAAGAUGGAAACUUAUGACUUUUACUCUGAUUGUUUUUAUUUGUUUUAGGUUUUGUUUUCUGGCUUUUGUUCUCUGAGUUUUCUCCAUGUGUACAUCGACAUUGUCAUCAUUUGAACUACUGCUUGACUUAGAAAGACCAACAUGGCAGGUUGUCGUUGGUAUUAAAGGGUGACAUUCUGCUAAAAUAGUGCAGGUGUUUCACAUCUUCUGUAAACGUAAAGUGACUCACAUUAGGCUUUGAAACCUGGUAAGAACCUGAGUACAUUAGGGACGGCAUCACAGCAACAAUGAGCAUCUUUUGAAGCAGUCGCAUGUGGCUUCAAGGGUAAAAAUCAUCACCAUUAUCGUCAUUAGAACUUUUCAGGCUUGUAAUUCUGCAGUCAGAUGUUCUCUCCUUCAUUUGGCUCAGACACCAGGAGAAAAAAACAUCACUCCAUAACUAAUUAUCAUGGGAAAACAUGCAGGAGGAUUGCUUGGGCAGAGCAGUUGUUGAUUUAAUGCAAUAUGCAGACAUCAGCAGCUAUUUAGCUCUGACGGAGGACACAUAAAAAGUAAACAUCACUGUAAAAAAAAGUAUUUUCUUACCUGAUAAACUUCAUGCUCACAAACAUAACUUUUGUGGCCUCGGUGGUCUGGCUGUUUACUCCCUGCUCGAGCUAUCUGUUCUAGCCAUGGUUCAUACUGUGUUGUGUCCUCUUGCCUCAGCUUUGGGUGGUUGCUCCACUUAAAUGUGAUCAAAUUGUAUCUGAUCUGAUCAUAUAAUACAUUUUUCAGAGUUCUGGGGCAAGACGUUUCAAAAAACAGAACCGAAACUUAAAGAUUGUUUUCGGUUUGUGAUGAGAAAUCCGUUUUCUUCAGAUAUUUACUUUCACAGAGCUCACCCAUGUUUCCUGAACUGAUGAGGUUUGUAGCAGAAUUGCUCACUCCAUCCUUUUUCUGUGUUUCCAGUAAGUGGCCAGCUGACAGCCUCCCAUUAAAAGUGUUUUGUUUUUUCAAGAAAAUAGGUUUGCUGUCCACAGCCAUAGUGACUGUCUACCAGUCAGUCUCUAUCCAUAUAUUGUAGGUGGGAACAUGACUCAAAAAGACUGUUUUGUGUUAGAAAUCUUUGAAAAUCAACAGAAAGAUUGAUUGUGACUUAAUGCCUCAUACACUCAUCACUUUUAGGUUUUUCAUAUAACAUCUAAAAUCUGAUGAUAUAUGAGUUUUAAAUCAGUUUUUUUAGGAAAUGAAUCCAGGAUGAGGAACAGCAGGUUAGGACGCACCCAAACAUCAGACUUUAUUUCUAUCUUGCAAAGCAUCUUUUUGCUCUGUUUAAACUGUGGAUGAGAUAGUUCUGCUACUGGAACAUCUGGAAAGCAUGAAAAGCCUAAAGCAGCCAGCACUUACUGUAGGAUUAGCUUCAGGACAGCAGCCCUGUUAGAGAGCCAAGCACAUUCGCUACAACUUUGCUGCACACCCAGUCUCCUUUACCAGGAUAAAAACUCCUUGGAGGUCGGUGCCCCAGCAGCUCCUGAAUGAGAAGCAUACAGUCAGGUCUUGAGCUGGUGGCUGUUAAACUGCUUUAGGAUCUAAACAAGGAAUUAAGGUGCAGCGUCAACAUAGCUCUGCUCUGAGGGAGAGGUUUAGAUCUAGAUUUGAUUUGAUUUCUUCAGAAGGCACUGUUGCAAACUCAUUUAACAAUCAUUUAUUUACAUUUUCUGAAUUUAUUAUGUGUUAAGCCAACUGGCAGAUCCCCAGUGGGAAUGUUCACACGUUUUAUUUUUUAACAAACAUGGACAAACCCAUAAAGACUGGAAAGAUCUUGUCUGCCUGAAAAUGUGUCUCCCGUAGCACCCGAAAAAUCACCAGAUGACCAUAUUUUAUUAAAAUGGGUCAAGCCACUAGAAAGCCAUAAACCAACGUUAUAUGGAGGAGAUCAGUGAGACCAUUUUCUAACUCACGCCUCUGACCCAAUCUGCAUGAUUGAUACGCCGUGUUCAGAUUAAACAAGAUAUAACCUAAAAAGUGCUGAUCUGAAUGUUUUUGCCAACAUAGUAGAUCUUUCCAUUCUCAUUUAAUUGAAUUUUAGUGAAGUGGUUAGUAAUUAUUCCUAAAAAUAUUUCAAACUCCCCAUAAAUUCUGAAAUAUUUAUCAGACAAGGACAUUUACCCUCAAAUUUAAUUUUCAAUUUUCUUUGAGGUUUAAUCUGUCGAUUUAGAUUUUGUUUUCUAGAGGCUAUAAGACAUCAAAGAAGAAAUGGACUGCAAGUUGAUUAAGAUCCAACAGAAAAUCAAGGAACUACAAGAUCAUUCCCAUUUAGGCACUAAAUCAUACUGUAUAUUCCUAACAUUCAUCUAAUAUUUUUUUUUAUUUAACUCAGAAAAGUGCAUCAAAGUCCAUGCUGGAAAUUGAUGCGUUUACUGACCAAAAAUGGUGGAAAUUCUUAAUUUGAUGCAUUUUCCAUUUAGAGGAAAACAAAAGAUUAUUCAAAGUUUUCCGUACAAAAUCCAUCAUGGGAAAACUGUCCAUCCCUACUAAAAUGUCAAGCUUCUGGAUUGAGUCUGUUGCCUGGAAAUGUAAAAAGAUGGUUUUGGAGUUCUUACAGCUUGUUCUCAAUGCAUAUUCUGGACCAACCUUUUUUCAUGCAUGGUGUAUGAGAAGUAUGACAUGGAUGUGCUGCAGUGGGUGAGAUCUAUGAAGACUGCUUGGAAGUUCUGCUGUUUAGUGCUCGUGAAGUAUGAAAUGUUUCUGCCAGAAAGGACUUUAUUCUUGUUUUUGCAGCCUCAAGCAAAAGAGGAUGUAUUGUUCUUUGGAUUACUACAGGUUGCCAGUGGACAUUAUAAUCACAGCUGCAUCUUUCCACUGUCUCUGUCUUCAGGGAUUUAUUUGCUUUCCAAAAAAGACAGGGUAACAUUUUUCCUCAUUUCACAGGGAAAACAUGUCUCAAUGUGUGAAGCAAAAUGUUUGAUCAUUCAGUUAAAGUUAACAUUACCAACCAAUCCACUUUGCUCAGAUCAAACUAAAAAGAACAACAACAACAUGAGUUUGUUAUACUUUGUUUUUUUUAACCAGAGAUGCACCAAUCAGGCUUUUACUGGCCGAUGGUUUACGGUACAGAACUGCCAAUUCAGAUUUUCUUUGUUAUGACUAUGAAACAUACAAACUUACAUGUGUAAAUUUAAAUUCAAUAAUAAAAAAAAGUAUCGAUAGACGUAGUAAUUUAGAAUCCAAGAGAUAUCCAUUUUUAAGUAUAUGUCCCCAAUUUAUGUCAUUUACUAAACAAAAAAACUAAGAGCAUUAACAUUUAUUGAUGCAUUUACAGACCGAAAGAGUGGGAGUUUUCAGCUCUGAUGCAUUCAAUGAACAGGGUGAUAUUCCGUGUUUCACCAGGUGAUCACAGGACAAAUCAAGCAGUUUCGAUCACUGACCAAUUAGGUGUUGCAUGAGUUAUUUGUGCAUUCAGUAAAAAGUAGAAGAAAAAGAAAUGGAAAUAAAAGAUUAUUGAACAAAACAUCUAGCCAGUCUUUUCAGCACUGAAAAUUAAAAUGAUUGUUUAAUCUGUUCCCACAACCUGACUGAAGACAUUGAUGGUAUUACCAGCCUCACAAUGACAAAGUCUUGAUUGUUCCUGUUAAAACUUAAAAUAAGAGAAGCUGCUACUGACCUUCUUGUGAUCAGAACAAUGGUAUGCAAGUCCGUCUGCAGAGGUGUGAACAUCUGUACGGUACUGUUUCAGUUUGAAGCUCAAUAAGAUAAAUGUUCUCAGAUUAAUUUUGUUUAACCUGCUGUUAAGCCCUUCAAUGUGAUGGAGGCUGGUGUGUAACUGUGGAAUGGGCUUCUCUGUGUUUUAUGUUUGUUUCUAUUCCUCAUGAUGAUGAGAGGAUAAUAUUUGUAUUUAUAGUCGAUUCAACGCUCAGUUCCAUUUUUUAUCUACAACUUUUGUGUUGAAGGAACAGCGGGCAUGGUGAUUUCUUUUUUCUCUUUUUUUAUUUUUAAUAAAUGCCAUUUUUGAACAUC